CUUUCAUUAAAGAGUAAAAUAAGUAACGCCGAAAUAAAAAUUUUACAAUUUCAACAAAAAGAAAGUCUACGUCUGAUUUUAAUUAGAGAUAUUGUUCAUCGAUUUUGGGUUUUAGCUGAUCGGAAGAGAUUUGGCAUCAAAUGGCGACAAAUGCGAGCGAUGUGAAUCAGCUUGAAUCCGAUUCGCUUCUACCUCCACGAAAGCGUUUACUCGCCGGAUUCAAGAAACAGAACUCGAAAAUCGGCAAUGAAUCGCCGAGCCCUCCUUUCGCUUCUUCUUCGUCUAUUACAACUUCAAAUGGUUCCUCUGCUUCAACAGAUGUGCAGACUCAUCUAGGCCAUCUACUGACUUCUCAACUUAAUGACCAGACUCGGUCUCCCGAAGAGCUAGCUCAGGCGUCGAAAGCAACCGCUGCUUUAGCGGUUAAGGUUGCAAAGGCUGCGAGAGCUACUGCUAAUGAGAAGGCCAUCAUUGCUUCAAAAGCAGUGGCGGCAGCGAAAAGUGCUUUGGAAUUGUUCGCUUCUUUUCCCGUUGAGGCGGUUGCUUGUAAGGAGAGGUCUCCGAGGAAGAGCAAGCAGAAGAAACAUGUCCCGGUUCAGCUUUUGUAUUCGAAAGGAGGAGUUGUGGAUGAGGAUUUAGCGCGUAGGUUGAAUCGAGCUAUAAACAAUUCUCCUAGAGUCUUGACGGAUUGUUCUGGUCACAGAAACAAGAAGCAAAAGACCGUAACUAGUACUAUGUACGAUGGGAAUGAUGUUGCUGGUGUUGUAGAUUCAGACAGCUCGAAUGACGAGGAAGUAGACAGAACCAGAGUAAACGGGAAGCUGCUCUUAUGCGAUAACGCUCUGAAGGAGAAAACAGGGGAAGAGAGUAGCUCAUUGGGGAAAAGAAGAGGAAGAGUGAAGCUAAAGAAGUUACCUUUGAGCAUGUGUGCCUCUAAAGAUCAAGAAAACGGUAUCACAUUAGCCGAAAACAAUGUAAGCGUAAGUAAGCCGCUGGUUCAGCCGGAGGGUUCUAAUGGUGGUGUGGGUCAGGUCAUAGAAGGACCAUCAUGGAAGUGUCAGGACCUAAAGUCACCGGAAUGUGUGAAGCAGAACAAAGUUGUACGUUCAUAGUGUUGUUCUUAUAUCUUUACCUAAAAGAGGUAAGAAGGUGUAGAUUCAACAGCAUUGCCAUUUUCAGUAGAAUCUUAAUGUUGUUUAUUUUUAUCUUGUUUUGCUUUUUUGGGUAAUGUGUUUGAAUUUAUGUUACUUGUAUAUUUUGGGAAUAAUAUUUAGAUACAUAG